AAACCAACAAUCCUCAUCAGACUCCCAUACCUUCAACCUCAUCUCCACCAACAUGGCCUCCACAAAUCCCAUCGCAAUUAUCGGUGCCGGUCUCUCGGGACUCAGCUUAGCUCUAGCUCUCCACAACCAGAACAUCUCAUCCGUCCUCUACGAAACUCAAUCCGCUCCCCUCGACAUCGGAGGCGCCAUCAUGCUCUCCCCCAACGCCCUACGCAUCCUGGACCGCUUGGGCGUGCUUCAGCUUCUAGAGCCGCGCGGGUACAAGUUCGAGCAGCUCUAUUUCCGCUCCGGAGACGAUAAACUUGUCGAUGAGUUCGAGUUUGGCUCGGCCGAGAAAUACGGCUACUCUGCACUCCGUGUCUAUCGAUACGAGCUGAUCAACGUCUUACUGGAUUUGGUCAAACAGGCUGACAUCCGCAUCGAGUACGGCAAGAAGUUUGACCACGUCAUCAGCGAAACCGAUGAGAGCGUCACCUGGCAGUUCGCCGACGGCUCUGAGGGCAAUGCUCCCUUGCUAGUCGGCGCCGACGGCAUCCACUCCCGCGUGCGCCAGCAUCUCUACCCAGGCUUGGUCGCCAAGUUCACCAACAUGCUCGGCAUCACGGCCGCCAUCCCCACGGCACAGCUCCAAGCCGACGACGAUUAUCCUAUUCCAGUCACCAUCAUGAACCCCAAGCACGGCGCCUUUGUCAUUGCGCCACAGUUAACUGACGGCUCCGAGGUCUUGAUUGGCAAGCAGUAUCGCUUCACCGGCCCUGAGCCAGACCGCGAGGGGUGGAAGAAGAUCACCUCAGACAAGCAAUGGGCGGUCGACUUCCUUCGCCAGGGCCACGAAGACUUUCCAGCCAUUGUGCACCGCGCCACCUCCUCCGUCUCUGAGGCAAAGGUCAAUGUGUGGCCCUUCUACCUGCUCCCUAAGCUCGACACCUGGGCUUCUGAGAAGCACGCCCGAGUGGUUAUCCUCGGUGACGCAGCGCAUGCCAUUCCUCCCACGGCAGGACAAGGCGUGAACCAAGCUUUUGAGGAUAUCUACAUCUUCGCCGGUGUCAUUGCCAAACUAAGAAAUGAGUCGCAACCAGGAGCACCUGAAAAGUUGAAGACCGCGCUGAGGAACUGGCAGAACGGCCGCCAAGCUCGUAUCGACCGGGUGCUUCAGGUGAACGAUCAAAUUAACGAGAGGAGAAUGCCUUCAAAUGAGAAUGUCGAGUUCAAACCGUUUGACCUCGAGUGGCUCUAUUCUGCCGAUUUCGAUAAGAUGGUUGCUGAGUAUGCCGGAAGCUUGGAGUGA